GCGAAAGGGUUAUACCUGGUGACAGAAGAGCGGAAGAGUUAUACAAUCUCAGCGAGACCUUCGUGAAACUUUACAGCAAGAAGAAGAAAGUCUCGGAGAAUUUAUAAUGGAGUGCGAUCAAGACACAGGUGGUCAAGGUUCAGCACGAGAGACCCCCGGCCCUAAAAUGACAAGACAGCAGUUAUUGACACUUAUUGCAAUGGCUUCGAUAAACUUCAGCUCAAUGAUCUGUUACUCCAUUCUGGGUCCUUUUUUCCCAAACGAGGCAAAGAAGAAAGGUGUCAGUCAAGCUAUGAUUGGACUUAUAUUUGGCAUCUAUGCAUUAUGCACGCUGGUGGGAUCACUUGUACUUGGUAAAUAUAUUGUCCAGAUAGGAGCCAAGAUUAUGAUCGUAGCAGGCUUGUUCGUGUCUAGUGGAUGUACUGUGCUAUUCGGGUUUCUGGACCAAGUGUCUGAUGGGACAGUUUUCAUAGUUCUGUGUUUCAUCACGCGCUGUAUUAACGCUGUUGGCUUUUCUGCCGCAGUUACGUCGUCUUUUGCCAUUUCAGCAAAAGUGUUUCCAGACAACAUAGCAACAGUUUUGGGCUUUAUGGAGAUUUUUACAGGGCUUGGUCUGAUAUUGGGACCUCCGUUAGGUGGUUGGCUGUAUCAGUCGUUUGGAUAUGAAAUCCCAUUUGUUGUGACGGGUUGUCUUCUGUUUGCAGCAGUGCCACUCAAUAUGUGGAUUUUGCCGAGUUUUGACGCAGUUCCUUCCCAGGAUUCCUUCUUCAGACUGUGUACCAGAAUAAAGAUUCUUCUCAUCUGUUUUGUGGUCUUCACUGUGAGUUCAGGAAUUGGUUUCAUGGACGCAACUCUUUCCAUAUUUGCUAUAGAAAAGCUGAAUAUGAGUGCUGGAAGAGUGGGUUUGCUUAUGAUCGGACUGUCACUGCCGUAUGGGGCCGCAUCGCCUGUUUUCGGUAUAAUAAGUGAUAAAUAUCCAUCCUUCAGGAAAUGGAUGAUGGUGAUUGGAGGAAUGGCCACAGGUGUCAGCUUCUGUUUCCUCGGCCCACUUCCUGUGUUCCAUAUGAGAAGUCAGCUCUGGCUCACCGUCCUCGUGCUGGUCGUUGUGGGAUUCUCCGUAUGCAUGACCUGUAUCCCCACCUUCGCUGAGAUGAUCGAUUGUGCACAUGAAAAUGGCUUUGAGGAAGGCUUGAGUACUCUGGGUUUGGUGUCUGGACUGUUUUCGGCGGUGUGGUCUGCUGGGAUGUUCUUUGGCCCGACCAUUGGAGGUUACAUCACGCAAGUACUGAACUUUGAAUGGAGCGCAGGGGUUCAAGGUGCACUCGCCUUUCUCGCUGCACUCUUUCAAGUAAUAUAUUUCACAUUUGAGGAAAUACAAAAGAAUAAAUUGCAAAAGACUGAAACAACGUUAUCUCAAGGAGAAAAAUCUCCUCUUCUUUCAAAGACAGAAGCGAUCGCUGUUGACAUCAGUUGAAGCUUUGUGCUUUUCAAUGGAAGGACAAACUUUGUCAUAUUGCCGGUAAACAUGUGAAUACAAUCGAGAAGACAAACCCAGAAUGGGACGAUUAAACAUCAACGUCUCGUAGUUUCAGAUGGAAAACAUUUCCAUCCAACGAAUUAUGGCACAUUUAAACAUGUUAUAUGUUCUCUAUGUUGUGUUCUUAAAUCGAAUUGAGAGAGGACUUGUGUGUAUUAAAGUGUAAUGUUACCUUCAUAAAAUCAUUAUGAUGAGGUUUCAUUCAAACUAAGAUAAGUCUGUUGAUAUGCUGCAAAGUUUAGCUUUAAAGGAGUUGUUCACUUUCAAAAUAAAAGUUCAUGAUCAUUUACUCACCCUCAUGUCAUCAAAGAUGUUGAUGUAUUUGUUUCUGGAGUGGAUCCAUUUAUUACAUUAUUACGGAUUACGUCAAGUCAUGAACGCGCAUCACAGAGCAGAUCAAGCCGAGUAUUUGUUUAUAAAGCAUAUACUUUUUAAUUUAGAAAAUGAGCGAUGGUUUCUCUAGAUAAGAUCUUUAUUCAUGGUCUGGUCUGGUUUAAAGCCCUUUGAAGCUAAACUGAAACUGUCAUUUUCACCUUCAAGCGUUUGGAGUCCAUUGAAGUCACUAUAUGGAGAAAAAUCCUGGAAUAUUUUCAUCAAAAACCCUCAUUUCUUUUCCACUAAAGAAACAAACACAUAAACAUCUUGGUUGACAUGAGGAUGAAUAAAUGAUCAAGAACUUUUAUUUUGAAAGUGAACUACUCCUUUAAGAAGCAGUUUUUUAUGACUAGAAUGAUAUAAAAUAUUCAUAAUGACAGUAAAUAAAUUUUGAAUCGCUGUAGCCAUCAGUUUUACACAUUUGCCUUGAUUAUUCUACGCAGUAACUUAACAUGAGCUCUAGUAUGAUCAGCACAGAUACGUCAUAUACUAAUAUUUAACACAAUAAAAAUAUAUCAACUCAA